GGGCGCUCCAGUUGCGAGGAUCCGGGCUGCCCGCGAGAGCAGGAGCGGGCGCCUAGGAUGGGGUGCGUGAAGUCCAAGUUCCUCUCACCAGGAGGCAAGGUUUCAAAAACCGAGCCCAGCACCACCCUGCAGAGCCCCACGUACGUGCCGGAUCCCACGUCCUCGGGCAAGCGGUGGGGGAUUAACAGCAACAGCCACCCGCCAUGGUCCUCGGAAGGUUCUGAGGAUGUCGUCGUGAUUGCCCUGUAUGAUUACGAGGCCAUUCACCGCGAAGACCUCAGUUUCCAGAAGGGGGACCAGAUGGUGGUGCUAGAGGAGUCUGGGGAAUGGUGGAAGGCUCGAUCCCUGGCCACCCAGAAGGAAGGCUACAUUCCCAGCAACUAUGUCGCCCGUGUUAACUCUCUGGAGACAGAAGAGUGGUUCUUCAAGGGCAUCAGCCGUAAGGACGCAGAGCGUCACCUCCAGGCCCCUGGCAAUGUGCUGGGCUCCUUCAUGAUCCGGGACAGUGAGACGACCAAAGGCAGCUACUCUUUGUCUGUGAGAGACUAUGACCCCCAGCUCGGGGACGCAGUGAAACAUUACAAGAUCCGGACCCUGGAUGGCGGGGGCUUCUACAUCUCCCCACGGAGUACCUUCAACACACUGCAGGAGUUGGUGGCCCACUACAAGAAGGGGAAUAACGGGCUCUGCCAGAAGCUGACAGUGCCCUGCGUGUCCUCCAAGCCCCAGAAGCCGUGGGAGAAAGAUGCCUGGGAGAUCCCCCGGGAAUCCCUGAAGUUGGAGAAGAAACUUGGAGCUGGGCAGUUUGGGGAAGUCUGGAUGGCCACCUACAACAAACACACCAAGGUGGCCGUGAAGACAAUGAAGCCGGGGAGUAUGUCGGUGGAGGCCUUCCUGGCAGAGGCCAACCUGAUGAAGACUCUGCAGCAUGAUAAGCUGGUGAAGCUGCACGCAGUGGUGACGGAGGAGCCCAUCUACAUCAUCACGGAGUUCAUGGCCAAAGGAAGCCUGCUGGACUUUUUGAAAAGUGUAGAAGGCAGCAAGCAGCCCUUGCCCAAGCUCAUUGACUUCUCAGCCCAGAUUGCAGAAGGCAUGGCAUUCAUCGAGCAGAGGAACUACAUUCAUCGAGACCUUCGAGCCGCCAACAUCUUGGUCUCUGCAUCCCUGGUGUGUAAGAUUGCCGACUUCGGCCUGGCACGGAUCAUUGAGGACAAUGAGUACACGGCUCGCGAAGGGGCCAAGUUCCCCAUCAAGUGGACAGCUCCUGAAGCCAUCAAUUUCGGCUCCUUCACCAUCAAGUCAGACGUCUGGUCCUUUGGCAUUCUGCUGAUGGAGAUUGUCACCUACGGCAGGAUCCCUUACCCAGGGAUGUCAAACCCUGAAGUGAUCCGGGCACUAGAACGUGGGUACCGGAUGCCUCGACCGGAGCACUGUCCUGAGGCGCUCUACAACAUCAUGACACGUUGCUGGAAGAACCGCCCAGAGGAGCGGCCCACCUUUGAAUAUAUCCAGAGUGUGCUGGAUGACUUCUACACGGCCACUGAGAGCCAGUACCAACAGCAGCCGUGAGUGGACAGGGCCAGAGCAGGGCCAGAAGCAGACACUGUACCUGGGGGGUGACUCCAGCAGAGUCCGCCAUUGCCCAUUAACCCUUCCCACUCUCAGACACCCACUCUCUCUGCAGCCACAGUUUCUUCAUCUGUCAAGUGUGUGGGUUGAACUGGAAAAUAAUAGCUUUUUGACUCUAGAAAUCCACAAUUUGUGAUUCCCAGGAGACCGCAAGUUGAUACUGCUAGUGCCUGGGACAGUUGAAUCUUAGUCACAGCUAUGGUUUGGAUGGGAAACCUCAAGAAUAAUUAAAUAAAUAUUUAAAUAAA